GGCCACUGUGCGCAGACUGUGAGCGCGUUCUGGAGGCUGGAAAGUCCAAGAUCUUGCAUGGUGCUGGCAGAUUUGGUGUCUGGCACCUCACAUAUAAUGGAAUUUUAUUGAUUCUGUAGAUCUUCAUUAUGGAUAUCAAGGUAACAAUACAGGAAGUAUGCAUAAUUUCUCAUUUCUGCAAGUAGUCUUGACUGCUGAAGGAAGAAAUUUUUUAAGCUACAGCAAAAUUCAUUUUGGUAACUUUUAUGGAAAUACUGAUUUUGUUUUUAAAGCUUUGAUAACCUUUUACUAAAGGUAUGAACAAGCAAAGAACUUAUCUCAUUAGGCAAGUCCACAUUAAUAACAAUGCCUAGAAGAGGACUGAUUCUUCAGACCCGGACCCAGUGGCUACUGUUGGGCCUUGCUUUACUUUGCAUUUUGGUACUAUUUUUGUAUCUUCUGGAAUGUGCCCCCCAAACUGAUGGAAAUGCAUCUCUUCCUGGGGUCUUUGGGGAAAAUUAUGGUAAAGAGUAUUAUCAAGCCCUACUGCAGGAACAAGAAGAACAUUAUCAAACCAGGGCAACCAGUCUGAAACGCCAAAUUGCACAACUAAAACAAGAAUUGCAAGAAAUGGGUGAGAAGGUGAGAUCAUUACAAGAGAGAAAGAAUAUAGGGGCUAAUGGCAUAAGCUAUCAAGGCCACAAAGAACAAGUACCUAGUGAUCUUUUAGAGUUUCUUCAUUCCCAAAUUGACAAAGCUGAAGUUAGCAUAGGAGCCAAACUACCUAGUGAAUAUGGGGUCAUUCCCUUUGAAAGUUUUACCUUAAUGAAAGUAUUUCAGUUGGAAAUGGGUCUCACUCGUCAUCCUGAGGAAAAGCCAGUUAGAAAAGACAAGCGAGAUGAAUUGGUAGAAGUUAUUGAAGCUGGCUUGGAGGUCAUUAAUAAUCCUGAUGAAGAUGAUGAACAGGAAGAUGAGGAUGGUCCCCUUGGAGAGAAACUGAUAUUUAAUGAAAAUGACUUCAUAGAAGGUUAUUACCGCACCGAGAGAGAUAAGGGCACACAGUAUGAACUCUUUUUUAAGAAAGCAGACCUUAUGGAAUAUAGACAUGUGACCCUCUUCCGCCCUUUUGGACCUCUCAUGAAAGUAAAGAGUGAGAUGGUUGACAUUACUAGAUCACUUAUUAAUAUAAUCGUGCCACUUGCUGAAAGAACUGAAGCAUUUGUACAGUUUAUGCAGAACUUCAGGGAUGUAUGUAUUUAUCAGGACAAGAGGAUUCAUCUCACAGUGGUGUAUUUUGGUAAAGAAGGACUGUCUAAAGUCAAAUCCAUCCUAGAAUCUGUCACAAGUGAGUCUAAUUUUCACAAUUACACCUUGGUCUCAUUGAAUGAAGAAUUUAAUCGUGGACGAGGACUAAAUGUGGGUGCCCGAGCUUGGGACAAGGGAGAGGUCUUGAUGUUUUUCUGUGAUGUUGAUAUAUAUUUCUCAGCCGAAUUCCUUAACAGCUGCCGGUUAAAUGCUGAGCCAGGCAAGAAGGUGUUUUACCCUGUAGUGUUCAGUCUUUACAACCCUGCCAUUGUUUAUGCCAGUCAGAAUGUACCCCCUCCUGUGGAGCAGCAGCUGGUUCACAAAAAGGAUUCUGGCUUUUGGCGAGAUUUUGGCUUUGGAAUGACUUGUCAGUACCGAUCAGAUUUCCUGACUGUUGGUGGAUUUGACAUGGAAGUUAAAGGCUGGGGUGGAGAAGAUGUUCAUCUUUAUCGAAAAUACUUACAUGGUGACCUGAUUGUGAUUCGGACUCCAGUUCCUGGUCUUUUCCACCUCUGGCAUGAGAAACACUGUGCUGAUGAGUUGACCCCCGAGCAGUACCGCAUGUGCAUCCAGUCCAAAGCCAUGAAUGAAGCCUCUCACUCACACAUGGGAAUGCUGGUCUUCAGGGAGGAGAUAGAGACACAUCUCCGCAAAAAAGCAUACAGGACAAAUAGUGAAGUUGUUGGUUAAUGUAACCAUUAGUUGAACCACAACCCAGUACCAAACCACAAACCAGCACUAUUUGUUUAGCCUUAAUUCCAGUUCCAGAUGUAGUGCCUCUUUUAGGGAAGACAUGCUUAUCUUUUGUGUUCUUUCUAACAUUACUUUAGGAGUUUAACUUCAUAUGAAAAGAAAAAGCAACUGUUUCAAUGCAAAGUCUCUGUUUUGUGAGAAUGCUCCAUCUGGAAUCAUUGAUAAAUCAAAAUUUGGUGUUUGGUUCCAGAAGUAGUUUUGAGUUAGUUUCUACUCUACCCAUGUUCUCAUGUGUUCUGGUUGCAUCUAUGAUGAUGAUGGGUAAGGAGCAUCUCAUUCCUGCACAGAUGGAGAAUUACAGAUAGAGUGUGUGGACAAAGGUUUUUCACCUAACCACUUGAGUCAACUUGCUUGGUUUUUAAAUGAAGAUCAUUGGUCAGUUGCUUGAAGAAUCCUUUUUCACUGAAACGGAGGAUAAUUAAAUGACACAUCUGAAAUCCCCAACCAAUCAAGAGAAGACAGAAGUAAAAACCCCUUCUUGUUGUUUAGUCCCCUAAAUGUCUGUUUUAUUACCCAAGCAAAUGGGUAAUAGUUGGAAAUACUUAGAAUCUAUGACUUAAUUAAAAAUAUAGGGUGUUAUUACUUUGUCAUAAUGUUCAGGAUUAGAAGUCAGAGUUUCUGUAGACUGUUUCAAGAGAACUACAAUCAGCAUGGCAACGUCUCUAACAGACAUUGAAUUAUGUUGGGGCACAGGACACCAGUGGUCUGGUAACAUCAUGAGCCAGGGCUCUGUCAGGACCUUCUAGUGGUGGGUGGUUCAGAAUAGAUGAGCAUAGCAUGAUGCUAUGUGUUUUUGGUUUGUACUGUCUCCUUUAGCAUGGAUCCAUAUGUAUUUACAAUCCUUUUUUCCUAAUAUGUUAAUAUAUGUUACAUCUGUAUUUGCGUUAUUAGCAUAAUACUUUGAGUUGAUAGUUUUACAGAAGGGAGAAAAGGAAAAUGAGAUAUAUAUACCAUAAGAUCAGACUGAUUUGAGGAGAGGAGAGGGAGAAGAGUAUGAAUGGAAAUCUGGAUUAUAGACUAUUUUAGAGAUAUAUAUUACUUGCAGAUAGAAUGAUGUUUUGAGGUAUAAAUUGUAUUAAUGAGACAAGAUGAAUAAGGACUUAUAUUCAGAUAGGACCAUACUAUGUUAUGUAUCACACAUGAAUCUUUUACCAUAGCGUCAAUUGCUAAAUCCAGAAAUUAGAGAUAUGGUGAAAGGCAUGUGUAGAUUUUUUAAACUUUAGCUUUUAACAAGGGCCCAGCGUUGUUUUUUCUAUUUGUAUAUAAACCUCUGGAAAAAUCACAGAAGAAAAAUCAUUACUCUUUCGACUCAGUAAAUCAUACCAUGAAAUAUUAUAAAUUCCAAAUUUCUUGGUGCUAUAUGAAUUCAAUUUUAUAAUAACUCUUACUAAUUAUCCUUACAAGUUUUAAGUUGGGAUAGCACUUAGGCUUUCUUUUUUAAGAUGUGUAAAAUGUUUAGUGCAGUUAUUCAGGCUGUUGUCUACUUUGAUAUAAAAGUAUUAUGAAGACCAGGGAAAAGUGAGGGAACCUAAUUAAUUAUUUGCCAAGGUAAGUUUCAGCUUGUUUUUUGACAGAAUCAAAUGAUUUUUUUCCUGAUUUUUUUUUUUAAACUAACUUUUAUCUUAAAGAUGGAAGCUAAGCAGUGGAAACAUUGUCAUGUUUUUUACAUUAAAUGGUACCAAUAAAGUAUUUUAUUACCAAAAAUUAAAUGAAAAUGUGAUAAAUUAAUUUCUGUUGUAAAAUAUCGUAAGUACAAAUAUGUAUAACUGUGUACUUUAAAGAAUAAUAAGGGAAACAUCAGGGCAUGAGCUACCCCGAUUAAGAUACAGAGCAUUACCAAUUAAAGGCCUUCUGUGUGCUGCUUCUUGAUCACAUAGCCUCUCUCUCCAUUGUAAUCACCAACUUGAUGUUUGUGGUAAUUUUUCACCUGUUUUUCUUCCAAGUUUUCCCAAUUAUGUGUUUACCUCUACCCAGUGAAUAUACAUACAUAUUAAUUCAGUAUGUAUUUUUAGCUCUCAAUUUUUGAGGUUUACCAAUGUUAAUCUCAAAAUUAACUUAUGUUUAAUACUGACUAGUAUUCCACUGUAUGAAUACAGUCAUGUGCUGCAUAAUGACUUUUCAGUCAAUGGACAGACCAUAUAUAUGACAUUGGUCCCAUAAGAUUAUAAUGGAGCUGACAAAUUCCUGUCACCUUGUGAUGUUAAAACAUCAGAAUCACUGUCUUGAGGACUAAGGAGUACACCAUUGCCUUUAAACCAACUAUUCCAAAAUGUUUAUUGAAAUCCCACUAUAUGCUUAGUACCAUUCUAGACAUUGAGUACAACAGUGAACAAGAAUAGUGGAGCUUAACCUUGGCCAUCUGGCUCUGUUGGUUGGAGCAUCAUCCUGUGCACCAAAGGUUGUGCAUUUGAUCCCUGGUCAGGGCACAUACCGAGGUUGUGGGUUCAAUCCCCCGUUGAGGCACAUACAGAAGGUGACAAAUCGAAGUUUCUCAUUUCUCUUUUAAAAACCAAUAAAAGAAUAUGCUUGGGUGAGGAUUUAAAGAAAAAAAAGAAUGGUGGAGCUUAUAUUGUAGCUCUGGAGAGUUCUGCCUGGGUAGCUUAGUUGGUUAGAGCAUCAUCCUGGAUGACAUGCCAAGGUUGCAAGUUUGAUCCCCAGUCAGGUCACAUACAAGAAUAAACCAAUGGAUGCAUAAUAAAUGGAACAAAAAUUGCUCUUUCUUUCCCCUUCCUCUCUUUCUCAAAAUUAGUCAAUCAAUAAAUAUUGUACUUCUGGAGAGACAGAAUUUGUAGCACAAUGCAUUACUCACAUGUUUGUGGUGAGACUGGUAUAAGCAAACCUGU